CUUUAUUAUUAGUUAUCCAAAGGGUUUGGAGAGGAAAACCCCCUACUGCAAAAGGAGAAGAUGUUUCUACGCAAAGCUGCCGUUAGUUUGCUAAGGAGAGUUCGUCUCCAUUCUCAGCCCAUCUCCACCUCUGCUUCUCGUCCGUCUACUGCAAUGGCUACAGCCACUCCGUUGCCCUUCUCUCUUUCCAGCAAAAUCAAAUUCCCUUAUCAAAUAGGUUAUGUGAGUGCAUGGAGUACGAAUCCUGCUGAUCCUCCUACAUGGAUUAUUCUAACUAUACAAGCUGCUAUGCUAUUGGGGAUAAAUGCCCACCCUGUUUUUGCUGAUGAUGACUCAAUUCAAACAAAUACAGAAAGCGAUGUCCAAGAUGCUAACAUGGUUGGAUUACGUAAAAUUGAGGAUGGCUCUUUGAUAUCUAAUGUACACACUUCUAAGUGGAGAAUUUUUACGAAUGGGAGGGAUUAUUUUUUGCAGGGAAAACUAGAGGAAGCAGAAAAGUCCUUCCUUUCUGCAAUCCAGGAAGCUAAAGAAGGAUUUGGGGAGAGGGAUGCCCAUGUUGCAUCUGCAUGCAACAAUUUGGCAGAGCUUUACAGAAUUAAAAAGGCAUUUGGCAAGGCAGAACCUCUGUAUUUAGAGGCCAUCAGCAUAUUAGAGGAGGCAUUUGGUGAAGAUAUACGUGUUGGAGUUGCCCUGCACAAUCUCGGGAAGUUCUAUCUUGUCCAGAGAAAGUUGGAGGAGGCUCGGAUGUGCUAUGAGAUAAAGGGACGUGUUCUGGGACGUGGCAACAUAGAUUAUGCAGAUACAAUGUUUCACCUUGGAAUGGUAAUGUUUCUCCAAGGUAGACUAAACGAUUCUGAGGUCCUUAUUCAGGAUUCUGAGAAUACUAGAGGAAAGGGACAAGGGGAAUUGGGAUGCAUCAGGAGAUUACGGUAUCUGGCACAGGUUUAUACAAAAUCCAAUCGUAUUUCAGAAGCUGAGAAUAUACAGAGAAAGGUCCUUCAUAUUAUGGAAUUAUCUAAGGGAUGGAAUUCAUUGGACACUGUAGUUGCUGCAGAAGGGUUGGGUCUCACAUUACAAUCAUCCAGGAACUUAAAAGAAGCACAAGAACUUCUUGAAAGGUGUCUUGAUGCUCGGAGAACAUUACUUCCUGAAGAUCACGUCCAGAUUGGAGCCAAUAUGCUUCACAUUGCUAGGGUUGCAAUGCUUAAUUCCGAUCAACAUAGGAAUACAAAUAUUUCUGAUGCAAUUGCUGAGCUUGACAAGGCAAAAGGUCUUUUAAACAAUGCAAUAAGGAUAGCAUGGCAAGUUAUUGAUAAAUUGAAAACACAAAGCAAGAAGCAAGGUUAUGGAGUUUCUGGAGAAACUGGGCGUGAUGGCCAUGUAGCAUUGAUCAUACUGUUGCAGUCGCUUGAUGCACUAGGGCUUUUGGAGAUUAACAGACAAGAAUUGCAGGAUUCACGGGAAAAGUUAUCCACUCCUGACGCCAAAAAUGCACAUUUUGAAUGCAUUUCUGCCUACAAAGAGUUGGUAACCGGAAAGUUAAUCAGUAAUUCUGUGGAAGCAAAGGCAGAGUAUCUCUCUUGCGUGAAGCACCUUUCAAAUUUGUUAGAAGCUGAAGGCACAACACAAUACAGAGGAACAACAUUGCAGGAGCUGAAAGAUGAAGUCAGGCGUGUCGAGCAUGAUAUUUCUCAGUCGAGGAGUCGUAAAGGCUAAGGCAGGCCCUCAGAGAUACAUGGAGGUCGGAUAUCGAAUUUCUUCUCUUUUCAUUUCUCUGCAUUGCAGUGCAUAUGCGAGGCCAGGUUUCGAGUGGGAUAUUCCCCUUUGCUUUGCGUUAUCAUGUUGAAAGAAUAGUUAGAAGAGAUUUC